CUUAUGCUGACAUUGUGGGGAUGUUCGUGGCUCCAUCUGGUGGCCAGUAGCAGGGAUACAAUCAACUGUUCACCCCAGGUGAAUCUUCCAUGUACAGUAUACACUUACAAUGACUGCGCUAUCAGGGAGUUCGAGCCCCGCCAUAUGGACCUAUAUUCUGGUCCCGGACCUGCUGUACCCCUGAAGUUAAACGUGUACCAGUCCAAUGUAGGGAGCCGUCAUAACUCGACACAUUACUCACGACCUGCACUGACUGUAUUCUGGUGGCCACUAUCAAACAGUUUUGACGAGUUAACAGGAUAUGAGAUUUCGAUGCAAGGUAUAAAGGGCGUCGCUAAAGGCACUCGCAGAUGUUUUGUCAUCGACACUAGAUACUCUAAUGUGACAGCAAAUGAUCAGGCCAUUUACAACUUCUCCAUAUCGCCAGUAUUCACCAACUCGGCAUACCAUUUCCGGAUUCUGUCACUUCCACACAUGCGCAGUAGGGGAGCCUCUAACACUGCCAUAGUGGAAACUCGGAGAGAUCUGAGCCGGACGGCUCCGUCUGAAUGGACGACACGAGUGGACUGUGAGGUUCGGUUUGACCUUGACCUCCCCAAAGUUUAUGUAGAGUACGACUUGCCCCCGGUGGCGUUCAAAUUCCCAGGGGUAGCAGUGGAGUUGGUCCUAGAUGACAACGUCAUUUCAAAACAAUUAUCUACUAAGCCUUUCCAUUUAUUUGAGGCAAUGAAGAAUGGGAAUUACCAAGUCUGGGUGACGCCAGACGAUCCCUACAUAUACUCGCCACGAGCUUGUCUUUGCAGAAACAGCGAUGAUGUUUGUGCAGGGUCUUGUUUGAUGUCAUACGGAUAUUGUGACGUCACCCAGAGGGACGAAUCAAUAGGGGAGAUAGUCGAAAGUCCGACUGGGCUGGCCAGACCGUUGGUUAUUUGUCUAACCGUAUCUGCUGUGGUAAUUGGCGUCAUAGUUACCUUGACGUUUUUCGUCUACAGACAUUGCAGGAGACUAAAAGAUCGACAGAAGAAAACCCCAAAUGCACCAACAACAACGCCGAACAUUUGUGUACCUUUGUCCAGCCGGAUAACGCCGAGGAAUCAGGGACAAGCUCAUUGUGUACUCCUGUGCGUCUUAAACACACAGACUUAAUCAACAAACCAGUCUUCGGCCAUAUGUUGGACAGUGACCAUUAUUUACAUGAUAGUCUGCUCAAGGAUUCUCUUAGCAACCGCGCAUGCCCGGAACUAAUCAGCCUGGGUGGCCAAAGUGUUUAAUCCGUGUUAGAUUAAUUCUUGACAAGCAAUCGAUGAAGCAAUAAUCCUACACGGAGAUUAGUGGCGUUAAAAUGUCCGAGUACCUGGAGAUGUCACCUUGAUGAAAGCUCUCAUUUCAUGAAAUUUAAUAAUGUAAAUCAAUAUGCAUACCAUAUACGCCUUUGUGGGGUCCAGCCUUCAAAUUAAGAUUAACCUUUAUUUCAACAAACGGUAUAAGCUCUGAAGAGCUUUAAUGAUAGUGUCACUAAGGGAACAAAUGUUGUUUUUGGAUGUUGGAGGAAAACCAACCUGUCAUUGGUAAGGAUACAACUAAUCCCACAGACAUCGUCCCCUGCCGCCAUUGUGUUUCGAAGGGUUGUUCCAGGAGAGUGUGGUCUUGGGCUCACAUUUGGCUGCACGCAUCACAAUAGCAUUUUGCUAUGAGCACAUUAACGAUCAUUGAAUUGAUUUUGUUUGAUAUAUUUAUUGUAAUAAAUGAAUUCUGAUAUAUCAAAUAAAUGUUGAACUGAGUCUCUACGCAUCCCUACCCUUCACUUUCGUUUUAAAGGAUGCAUUCUUGUAUAUCUUUAAUUUUAUAUUAUUUUUUCUUUUUUGAUUAAAAUCUGAAUUUAUAAAAAAAACCAUGACAAUACAAAUACUUUAUCUGUGUAUCAUCUAUAUCUUCUUGAAAUAUUAAAAUGUUUUGCUUUUUUAUUUUGAA